UUGGGAGGACAAAUCUCAGCCGUCGGAUGGUAACUCUUUGGGGUGCCUAAAAUUUGGAUAUAAACGGGAGGAGAGGCGUUUGUUGCCGCUUAUUUUCGCUGCCAACGAACGCAACCCAUUCACAAGAAACCGCAGCGAAGAAGAAGAUCCCAGGCAUGGCGGCAACUGUGUCACCGUGGGGAAAGCCCGGAGCGUGGGCUUUGGAUGCGGAGGAGCAUGAGGAGGAGCUUCUCAAGGACCAGUCGCGCCAGGAAUCGGAGCCCAGCGCUGACUUUCCAUCCCUCGCCGCCGCGGCCGCCACUAAGCCGAAGAAAAAGAAAGGUCAGUCCAUUCCCUUGUCGGAGUUUCAGGCCUAUGGUGAUUCAAAGCCGUCGGGUCGAUCCAAUGAGCCAAGGGGUCUUACGGCCGAAGAUCUAAUGAUGCUUCCGACGGGUCCGCGUCAAAGAACAGAGGAGGAGUUGGACCGCAAUCGGCUCGGAGGAGGGUUCAAGAGUUGGGGUCAGAAUAGUUUGUAUGACAGGGGGAAUCGGUAUUCUAAUGGUGAAGACUCGCCGAAUUCUCGACGGGGUUCUAGGGUUUUUGAUGAAUCCAAUAGGGAAUCGUUGCCCUCUAGGGCUGAUGAGAUCGAUGAUUGGGGAGCCGGGAAGAAGCCUAUAAUGGGUAAUGGGUUUGAGAGGAGAGAGAGAGGAGGAGGAGGAGGAGGUUUUUUCGAUUCGCAGUCGUCGAAAGCUGACGAAUCGGAUAGUUGGGUGUCAAAUAAGAGCUUUACUCCUUCUGAGGGCCGGAGAUCAGGCGGUAUAGGUGGCGGUUUUGAGAGAGAGAGAAGGGGAGGUUUUCCCUCGAACGGCGGUGGCGCCGAUUCGGACAAUUGGGGCAGAAAAUCUGAAGGGCCUAAAGGUAGAAUUGGUGAGAACGGUGGUGGGGCUCAUUCUGAUAAUUGGGGCAGAAAAUUUGAAGGGGCGAGGGGUGGAUUUGGUGAGAAUGGUGGUGGGGCUGAUUCGGAUAAUUGGGGCAAAAGAUCUGAAGGGGUUAGAGGUGGAAUUGGUGAGAGGCCGAGGCUUAAUCUGCAGCCUCGUUCCAUCCCUUUGAACAAUGAGAAUCAGGAGGCUUCUGUGGCUGCAGUGAAGCCAAAGGGUUCCAAUCCUUUCGGGAAUGCAAGACCAAGGGAACAGGUAUUGGCUGAAAAGGGGCAGGACUGGAAGAAGAUUGAUGAGCAGCUGGAAUCAACAAAGAUCAAGGAUACGGUGGAGAAGGCCGAGAGAUUUAGUGGGGCUUCGUUUGAGAGAAAAGGGUUUGGAGCUCGAAGUGGUAGGUCUCCUGAUGAUCGGUCAGGGCCAGGAAGGAGUUGGAGGAAGCCAGAGUCUGUGCAGUCUCGUCCCCAAAGUGCUGAGGUGGUUGAAGAUGGAGCUGGUGGGGAAAAUUGAAGAGGGUAUUCUUUCUAUGCAGUUGAAAUAAUUGAGUUUGCUGAUAUGGUA